AUGGGAAUAAGGUCGAGGCGUAGAGCUAGAGCGCCAGCAUCCGACCCGCCGUCCCGCCGCCGCAGGAAGGACGUGCAUGCGCAUGGUCUUCCUUGGGAGGUGGAGUUGAGGGACUGGGCGGCGCUGCCCUCCGACGUCCUGUGGGUCAUCCUGAGCCUCGUCCCGCAAGCCGAGGUCCUCCGCGGCACGGGUCGCGCGUGCGCCUCAUGGCGGCGGCUGGCCCUCGACGAGCCGCUGCUGUGGCGGCACAUCGACCUCGCCGCCGCCGAAGACAUGGAUAAAGACCCACCAGCGCAGUGGCGAAGCCACCAACUGCAGGGCGCCAUCGUUGCGGAGCCUCCACGUGACGUGCCGGUACGACAUGCCCGGCGAGAACUUUGUCGUGCUGGUGGCGAAGAAGCUCCCUAUGCUGGAGCAGCUCGUGUUGUCAAGCGGCCUGGUCGAGCUAGCCUCAUUGGCCGCUCUCGUCGGCCACUGCCCACGCCUCCGGGUACUCGACGCCGGCGGCUGUCACGCCCAUAGCUUGUUUGACGAAAAGUUGGUCGAGAGGUUGGAGAGCAAGAUCAAGGAUCUCCGGCUGCCGGUGCACGUGUUUCGCGGAGGGUUCUUGCUGCGCUACGGAGCGAUGUUCCCUCGGACGGGACGUCUGCGCGGGCCACGAAAGCCCCCAAACUAAAUAGGA